AUGACCGUCGCGUAUGAAAACAUGUCAUACCGCGGCUGGUCGAGCAGUUCUCAAUCUGCCGUGUGCCUAGAGGACAAGUUCGAGAUCAUCAAAGACAUUGGCGAUGGCAGCUUCGGCAGCGUCACGUUGGGCAGAACGAGAGGCGCGGGCGCACAUCUCGUUCGACGCAACACAUUGGUGGCUAUCAAAACCAUGAAGAAGACUUUUGAGAACUUCACACAGUGCAUSGAACUUCGAGAAGUCAUCUUCUUGAAGUCCCUCCCAAACCACCCCCACCUUGUUCCAGCAUACGACAUUUUCCUCGACCCGCUCAGCAAAAAGCUCCACAUUGCAAUGGAGUACAUGGACGGUAACCUCUACCAAUUGAUGAAAGCCAGAGAUCACAAGCCGCUAGACAGCGGCAGUGUGAAGAGCAUUCUAUUCCAAAUCCUCGAAGGCUUGGAGCACAUUCACGACCACCACUUCUUUCACCGCGACAUCAAACCGGAGAAUAUUCUGGUCUCCACUUCCGCCCCCGACACAGGCAACACGUUCCGACGAUACUCUGCACUCGUCACACCGCCUUCAACGCCUCCAGCAUAUUCGAUCAAGAUCGCAGACUUUGGACUGGCCAGGGAAACACACUCACGGGUACCGUAUACGACUUACGUGUCAACAAGAUGGUAUCGCGCGCCCGAGGUGCUCCUGCGAGCGGGCGAGUACUCUGCACCUGUCGACAUCUGGGCUAUCGGUGCAAUGGCUGUGGAAAUCGCCACGCUGAAGCCUCUCUUCCCGGGAGGCAAUGAGGUUGACCAGGUGUGGAGAGUUUGUGAGAUCAUGGGCAGUCCGGGCAGCUGGGUCAGCAAGCACGGCAACAAGGUCGGCGGUGGUGAGUGGAAGGACGGCAUCAAGCUCGCACAGAAGCUAGGCUUCUCAUUCCCGAAGAUGGCACCACAUUCUCUGGAGACCGUGCUUCCGGCACCACAAUGGCCAGCAAGCCUGACCCACUUCGUCACCUGGUGUCUUAUGUGGGACCCCAAGGUACGACCGACGUCUAGGCAAGCUCUAGAGCAUGAAUACUUCYAGGAUGCGGUUGAUCCUUUGCGACCAAAGAGCAGCACGAGGGUGCUGGGACGGAAGUCCUCUUCUGCGCUAAAUGGCAACUCCGACACCGAAUUGACAACGAAGACGGCAUCUUGGUUCCGCAAGUCGCUUGGCGGUGGUGGUGGUCGGGAAAAUGUACCUCCACCUGUGCCGGAACAUGUGCAGGGCUCGGGGCUUGCAUCACCACGACUUCCCAACACAUCUGAAGCCUCCGUGGCGUCUACCAAGGUAAAACCUGCCGCAGCGAAGCGGGCAACAUGGGCAAAUGGGGUUGGCACAGCUGCUCCAAUGCCCAUCCUUCCUUCCAUUCGGCCAAUCUCGCCACUGCCCGAUUCCUCUACAGCCCAGGCAAAUGCUAGGCGAGCCGUGCCCGCGGACGAGAAGAAUGCGAGCAAGAAGAUUGGACGCCAGCUGUCUGUCAACUCACAGGGCAACCAUUAUGCCGAGCUUCAUCGCCUGGAGGCCGAGCGUGCUCUCACUGGUGCGAACGAACUCAAAUCUCCAACUAGCAGUCAGASGGAGAGCUUCUUCUCGCACUUGCGAAAGCGAGCUCGCAGGUUGUCUGGACGUACCCCGGGCCCCAUGUCGCCAAGCAUGGAAGAUAUCGAGGCCAAUGCCGGAUGCGCUCCAUGGGCAGCGAAUCGGCAGUCUACACAGGAAGCGCAGCCUAUAGCUCCUUCUGCCGCAGACCCUUCCACAGAUCCCAAUUUUGCUGAACUAGAUCGAGCUCUACAAAGCGUUCGAUACAGUCUGGACGCCGCUGCUCAUGCGGGCAACAAUCAGCCAAAAGUUCCGACCCGCAUCUCGAGCAAYCCGACUCUGAAGCGCCAUCACUCACUACCACAGAGUGUUGACGACAAAGUUUCUGGCACAAACCGAGCAAGAAGGUCCCUCCGACCUGCACCCAACAGCAGGUAUGAGACUCCUUGUGAGGAAGACGAGCUCUUGGACGAGGUGAUCACCUCGGCGCAUGUGGCUGCUCAACAACUCGACAUUCAUAGCCACCAGCAAGCGCGUCCACCCAUUCCACAUGUGACCUCGGAGCCCACCUACUCCGUGCCAUAUCUUACGCCGUCACACUCCAAAGACCACAUGAAUGUCGACCUGGCUCCGGAAGAGUACGCCCAGACGCAGGCCAUGGACAUCCCACCACCUCGCCCACAACAGAAGAACGGGUUGGACCCUCAAUGGCCCACUCCACCAUAUGACGAGAAUGAUUGGGCAGCUGCAGCUGCGGCAAGCAUCUUCGCCACGCAACGCGCUUACCAGUAG